AUGAGCUACGCAUCCCCGUACCACGGGUCCGCCACGCCCAACCCGGACUACUACUACCCAGGUAGCCCUUCGCCGACGCCAUCGCCGCGGCACAACUUCUACUACGCGACUCCUCAGCGACCGCAGACCCGGGCUCACUUUCGCCACGCCAGCAGCGGUGGUCAAGAAAACUACAGAACCGCAUUUUCGCCCCGGUAUACAAGCACAGGCGAAUAUGCCACUGGCCCUGGCCCCAAAGUGAGUUCGCGAAAGCACAGUUUCUCAAAGGGGUCGAACCAGUCACCGAAGCGCGAGCGCCGCAGCUCUCACUCCUACUAUCGGGCCUCGCAUGGGGAUUCCGACGAGGACGAGAUAUUUGAGGUCAAUGGCGUCACUUACGUGUUGCCGGCGCAGUCGAGGAGCCGUAGAUAUUCCGAAUACUAUACUGCUGCUGCGGGACAUGGCACUGAUUACUACUACUACAAGCAGGGUCCCGGCUAUGAGAAGGAGAGGACAGCAUACUACGAAGAUCCCAUCCAGCGCUCGGCGACCAGGGCUGCCCACACUCGCCGCCCGUCGGCCAGCGCCAAUGUUCCCCCAAUCCAGCGCCCCUCGACGGUCCGCCCGUCCAGCUCUCACCAGAAGAAGCCCACCCCAGCCCCAGCCAAGGCCACCGAGGCGGAUGCCAGGAAACACCGGAUCCCCGCUGGAUACUCUCUCAAGAACUGGGACCCCACCGAGGAGCCGAUCAUGCUGCUAGGUAGUGUCUUUGAUUCCAAUUCUUUGGGCAAGUGGAUCUAUGACUGGACCGUUUACCAUCAUGGCCCUGCUACUCCCAUCUCGGACAUGGCUGGUGAGCUUUGGCUCCUGCUCAUCCAGCUUUCUGGCAAGAUCAAGCGCUCCGAGGAUUGUGUCCCCAGGAUCCGUGCCCAGGACAACCGGGAAAUGGUCGAGGACUUCAUCGAAUCUGGUGAGCGCAUGACUGACAAGCUCCGCGCCCUCCUGAAGAGGUGCGAGGCCCCUAUGCUCAAGGCCAGCAAGCGCAAGGAUCCUUCCCAGCUUGGCAAGGGAUCGGGCGUCGAGUUCGUGGAGACCCUCUUCGGUCGCGAACGAGAAUUGGAGAAGACGGAACGAUUCAUGCAACAAGUCCGCCUCUGGAACCUUCGCUUCGAUGCCAACUGCGAAGAGAUCCUCCGGAAGCCCACCAUGUAG